AUGAAAGACUAUCUGGUGUACAUGUCGCAGGCCCACACGGGCUUCCGGCGCGCAGAGCUGGAGUCGCUGGCGGAGAUGCACGGGUUCAGCGUGGACCUGAGCAGGCUGGGCGAAAAAUCGCCUUUUUUCGUGGUGCAGCUCGAGAACGACGAGCAGGCCGCGCUGCUGGUUCGCAGGUCUGUUCUUUCGCGAGCCAUUUACGAGCUCUGGGGCCAGGGAGCGACGCUGGCCGAGCUGCACGCCGACGUCCAACAGCGGAGCGCGGCACUCGUCUCCAAAUACAAGCGGUCGUCCUUCAAAUUCGAUAUCAUUUCGUACCAGGGGAGCAGAAAGAGCCGCGAGCAGCAGCUGGCGCUGAUCAACUCGUUUGGCUACCUUGCGCUCGAGGGCAAAAUACAGAUGAAAAACCCGGACCAGGUAUAUGCCGUUCUGGAGGCCUACAGCAUCGUCAACCAGGAGCCUGCUCCGCAGCCGGACUACAUGUACUUUGGCCGCGAGGUCGAGGUUUCUGAGCGCACGCGCGGCAUUCUGGAGCGCUACGAGAUUGCCAAGCGGCCGUACUACGGGACCACGACGUUCGACGCCGAGCUGGCGCUGGUGAGUUGCAACCUGGCGCAGGCGCGGGCCGGACAGCUGAUCUACGACCCGUUCGUGGGCACCGGGUCGUUCGUGCUCGCUGCCGCGCACUACGGAGCGUUCACGUACGGAACAGACAUAGACUUCCGGGCGCUCAAGGGCAAGGGGCCCGGUCGGCGGCUUGCUACCAAUUUUGCAAAAUACGGCACGGACCCCCUGUUUGGCGACGUUCUGUGCAUGGACUUCACCCACAACGCGCUCAGAAGAAAUCUAGUGUUUGAUUCGAUUGUCUGUGACCCGCCGUACGGCGUCAGAGAGGGCCUCAAGGUGUGCGGAACGAACAGAGAAGAGCGAUUCGAAGGGAAGGAAAAAAUAGUCAUCGACGGCGAGUACGCGUACCGCCGACGCGAUUUCAUCCAGCCGAAAAAGAACUACUCGCUGGACCUGCUGCUCGACGACCUGCUGCAAUUUGCGGCCGAGCGACUGCCGGUGAACGGCAGACUGUGUUUCUGGAUGCCCGUGGCCAACGACCAGGACAUCCCUACACUGGUUCCGCAGCACGAAAAAUUGCAGCUGGUGUACAACCUGGUGCAGGAGUUCAACAAAUGGUCGCGGCGGCUGCUGGUUUACACGAAACGGGACGCGGACUACAAGGGAACCACCAUCACGUCGCAGGAGCGCGGACUCCAGAACGACUUCCGCAAUAGAUACUUCCAUAAGUUUAAGUAA